UUUCUCGCUCAAUCACAACCGGUAGACAGCAGUGAGCAGACCCUUCUCACCCUUCGCUAAACUCACCACCAUUUUUGAACUCAGUCCCCAAAUCCAACGUAACUAUUAUUAUAAAGUGAAGAAGACAAUGGUAUUUGAGUCGAUUGAGAAUCAGGAGGCGAUCGGUGAUGGUGGUUAUGAAUGUAACAGUACAUCUUUUGAACAGAAAGCUUCGAUUGAUAGUAAUGGCGUUUCCUUUCAUCGAACAGUUGGUGUGCUUCACAUUGCUCUUAAUCGCGUGAGUAAGUGGUGUAUUCUUGUAAGCUUUGGCGGAUUCAUUCUCUUGAGAGAUGAUAAUCAAGCACUCUGGGCUGUUCUAGGUUCUGUUCUAAACGUCGUUUUAUCAUUCACUCUGAAGAAGAUUAUAAAUCAAGAACGACCUGUUUCUGAAGUGUCUUGUGGCCCUGGAAUGCCAUCUUCACAUGCUCAAUCCAUUUCGUUUGCCACUAUUUUCAUGAUUCUUUCAAUCGUUGGAUGGGUGGGAUUGAACGGAUAUUCAGCUAUUCUCAGUGGGCUCAUUAUAGCAGUUGGUGUAUAUUUUACAUGGCUACGUGUUCUAUUACGUUAUCACACUAUCAGCCAAGUGGUGGUGGGCGCAAUUGUGGGCUCUAUAUUUUCUAUCGUAUGGUUUUCCACAUGUGAUAUUAUGGUCCUAAAUGCAUUGACGUCUGUAGUACAUGAAUUAAGAAGAUGUGUAUUUGUUAGCUAAAAUGGUACUGUUACUAUUGAUGUUAUUGUUGUUGUUCUGUAAAGAUAGAAUGUUUGUAUUAAGAGCAUCCAUAGUAGCUAACGUAUUGUUAUAAGAUACAACAAAGAUAGAAAUUUUGUAUCAAGAAAAUCCACAACGGCUAACCUAUCAAUGAUAUGU